CAUUGAAAGCAUAUAAGACCAAUUACCUCAGAUCUCCACUCCCUCCUCUUCUCCUCCUCCUCCUGGUCCUUGAUUCCACGAAUUAGCGAUGGAUGAUGGCCAAGACGAUAACUUCCGGCCGAUCUUUCCUCAUAGGUCGAACCCUUACGACCUCAACAGCAAGAUCAUGCUAACAGCUAUAGUCUCGUUGAUGAUAGUGGUCGUGCUGGUGGUCAUCCUCCACGUAUAUGCGAGGUGCAUCAUGGGCCGCCAGGCCCGCCGCCGAGCCGCCCUUCACAGCCUCAGCCUCAGGGUGGCCCGCCUCCACUCAGCUGAGCAGGAGCCCACCAAGGCUGGCCUUGACCCGGCUGUCAUCCCCACUCUGCCUGUGUUUAAGUUCAAAGGAGCUGGAAACGGAGACGAAGAGGAGCCGGUAAGGCCAGAGUGCGCGGUUUGCUUGAGCUCCCUAGAGGAUGAAGAUAUGGUUAGGCUGUUGCCGAACUGCAACCACAUUUUCCACCCAGAGUGUAUCGACAUGUGGCUCAGCUCACACACCACGUGCCCCAUUUGCCGGACCGAGGCCAAGCCGCAACUCCAGUCCGAGCCACGCGAGCCUCCCUCCCGGGCCCCAGCUCAGCCUCAGCUACUCAAUGGCCUGAACGCUAACUUGUACUUCGUGGAAGGUACGUCGGACGGUUCAGCUCAAGCCCUGAACAAGAGCACCGGUGGGUCCAGCUCACGAUUCAACUCGUUCCGAAGGAUACUGACUCGGGAGAGAUCAUCGCAGAGGAUCCAGUCCUGCGGCCUAGACGAUGACAUAGAGGAUCCUGAGAGCCAGAGGCUAUGAUCAAUCAAUCAUCAUAGGUAGAGGCAACCUUUUCAAGUCAAAUUUUUUUUACCACUUUUUUUUUUUUUUAUGUUCAUAACUUCAUACGCUUUAUAACUUGAGUAUAGCCUACUCCAAAUUAGGGUAAUCAAGCUGUUAAAUAUUCGGUACGAUUAGUUCAUGCAUCGGGUCUCGGAGACGAAUAAUGAGAAGAGUUCCAUUUGUAUUCGGAUUCA